AGGAACGAAUUCUUCGCGGAAGACGAAAGGGGGGAGCGAUAGCAGCAGAAGCAGCAGCAGCCGCCGCCGCCGCCGCCUUCGUGCCGUUUUCAGACGAUGUCCGGAGGCUCGCAGCAGCAGCGGACGUCACGGAACGCAGCACGCGCCGAGAGGACGACAACGUCCUGCGGGGAGUGCAGGCGAAGGAAGCAGAAGUGUGAUCAGGGCCAGCCAUGUAGCAACUGCCUCCGUCGUUUUCCUCACCCCGUAUGCGAGUACCGCGUGGGCAACCGCAUACCGGGAACAUCUACCUUCCUGACACCAGCAAGGGCAGGAGGUCGUGGUCCCCUUCUCUCAACACUACCAGGAGUAAGCUCUCCCCUGAUACAAACGUCUCAGUCAAUAAGACCGCUCGGGAGUCCUUCCAUCGCUGGCUGGGCUGUAUCAGGUCUCUCGACGUCACAACCAAGCCCCAGCUCGGAACUGGCAACAUUUCAAUCUACGAUUGGCGUACAACGGCCAGACGCAGAACUCCUCAACAACGAUGCAGAAUGUCUUCCACCGUCGGUCUCAUGGCUUCCAUUAGCCAACCCCGAUCGUAGUAUACUAGAUGUCGACAUCUUCCAAGCAUCGCAGCAAGUCUUGUCACAUCGAUUAGCGGUCCCGAAGUUGAUUUUCGAGAACUUUGAAACGGCCCAUGACGAUGACAAUACCCCGCAGCAUGGUCAGAGUUCUGGACCUUGGUCACAUCCAGCAGAGUCUAGGGUACAAUUCCCGGAACGACCAGCCAGUGGUAUAGACGAGCAAAUAGCGCUUCUACCUGUGGACCAAAAUCCCUUGAACAAGAAAUUACUCAGACUGUAUAUCGCAGUUCUCUCCCGAUUUAAAGCCUCUAUCAAUGGCGACCCAAGCCCCAACAACCCCUUUAUACGUCAUUACUCUCCUUUCUGCCUUCAAGAUCCUCUGGUGAUGCAGAUCAUUCUCUAUACCUCAGCCUGCUUCCUUCACGAAACUGGGGAUGUACGGACAGAUGUCCUGCGGAUUUGCAAAGGCCAAGCCAUCGCUAUGCUCAACGAAAACCUGACCAUGGACAGCAGCAAAAGCAGGGCGUCAAACACCCCCGCGCUCACCUCAACAGACGCAAACCGCUCAAGCACCUCGGUAUUUCAAAAGCCCGGCGAUGCGGCCAUCGCCGGCGUCAUUCAGCUAACCGUGGCUGAGUGGUACUGGGGCGAAUCGGACCAGGACCUACGAUACCACCUCAUGGGCUUGCGAGAUAUGAUCAGAGUGCGCGGCGGCUUCAAUCAACUCGGCAUGGACGGCCUCUUGGCAAAAAACGCCAUCGUGUGCGUAGACCUUUUCUGUUGUCCUAAUAUCUGCAUGUUCUCUGGAUUGACCUUGUUGCGACUGUUGAUUAUUCCUUUGAUGGUUGAUAUCUGCCUUUGUCAUGUACUAAUAACUGCUACUCCUGAAUUCGCGAGUCUGUACGUUUUGUAUAUUUUACUUUCCGUCUUAUUGCUGCGUCCUUUAGUUUGCUUUUCCGACAUUUUUCUCGUACGCAGUAUCUUCCGCCCUAUCUACCAUGUUUUCAUUUGUCCGUCCGACCCUCUCUGGUCUUAUUUUCGCUCUAGGCCUUGACUCUUGACUCGUUUGACUCGCGACCGGAUCCUCUUUCAACAAACGAUAUG